CAAAAAAUUGUUACUUAUGACUUUCAGUACGACCCUCGUACAUGCUGAUUGAUUCAUACACGCAACCACACAAGGGAGUGUGCGCUCCCUCUUCCCUCCCCAUCACUUCUUUUUCACCCCCUCAUGCCUACCAAUUUUAACAUCUCACUGCAUUGGGGCUUUAAAUUCUUUUCUCUUCCUAGUAGGAUUCUUCAUGUUAUUUCCUCUCAUUUUCCAGAGUACUUUGAAUGAACUUCAGCCUGUGGGUGGUGAGGAGCAACAGUAUUCUUGUGAUGAGUGUGGUGAUUCAUUCAGUCAACAGCUAAUUCUGAGAGCACAUCAAUAUAUGCAUACUGGGGAGCAGCCAUUUUUUUGCAACAUGUGUAAUAAGUCAUUCAGUCAUAAGAGUCAUCUGAAAACACAUCAGCGCAUACAUACAGGGGAGCAGCUAUUUUGCUGUGACAUGUGUAAUAAGUUAUUCACUCAUCAUAGUCGUCUGAAGACACAUCAGCACAUACAUACUGGGGAGCGGCCAUUUAGAUGUGAUGUAUGUAAUAAGUCAUUCAAUCAACAGAGUAACCUGAAUGCACAUCAGUGCGUACAUAGUGGGGAACGGCCAUUAUUUAGAUGUGAUAUGUGUAAUAGGUCAUUCUGUAAGCAGAGUACCCUGAAAAGACAUCAGCGCAUACAUACUGGGGAGCAACUGUUUAGAUGUGAUAUAUGUAAUAAGUCAUUCAAUCAGUGGGGUACACUGAAGUUACAUCAGCGCAUACAUAUUGGAGAGCAACUCUUUUGCUGUGAUGUAUGUAAUAAAUCAUUCAAUCGACACCAUAAUCUGAAGAAACAUCGGCGUGUACAUACUGGGGAGCGGCCAUUUAGAUGUGAUGUAUGUAAUAAUUCAUUCGGUGAGCAGAAUACACUGAAGAAACAUCAGCGCAUACAUACUCAGGAACGACCGUUUGUAUGUGAUGCAUGUAGUAAGUCAUUCAGUAAUCAGGAUACACUGAAGAGACAUCAGCGCAUACAUACUGGGGAGCGGCCAUUUAGAUGUGAUGUAUGUAAUAAGUCAUUCAAUCAACGGAGUAACCUGAAUGCACAUCAGUGCGUACAUAGUGGGGAACGGCCAUUAUUUAGAUGUGAUAUGUGUAAUAGGUCAUUCUGUAAGCAGAGUACCCUGAAAAGACAUCAGCGCAUACAUACUGGGGAGCAACUGUUUAGAUGUGAUAUAUGUAAUAAGUCAUUCAAUCAGUGGGGUACACUGAAGUUACAUCAGCGCAUACAUAUUGGAGAGCAACUCUUUUGCUGUGAUGUAUGUAAUAAAUCAUUCAAUCGACACCAUAAUCUGAAGAAACAUCGGCGUGUACAUACUGGGGAGCGGCCAUUUAGAUGUGAUGUAUGUAAUAAUUCAUUCGGUGAGCAGAAUACACUGAAGAAACAUCAGCGCAUACAUACUCAGGAACGACCGUUUGUAUGUGAUGCAUGUAGUAAGUCAUUCAGUAAUCAGGAUACACUGAAGAGACAUCAGCGCAUACAUACUGGGGAGCGGCCAUUUAGAUGUGAUGUAUGUAAUAAGUCAUUCAAUCAACGGAGUAACCUGAAUGCACAUCAGCGCGUACAUAGUGGGGAGCGGCCAUUUAGAUGUGAUGUAUGUAAUAAGUCAUUCAGGUGUAAGCGUAAUCUGCAGACACAUCUGCGCAUACAUACUGAGGAGCGGCCAUUUGUAUGUGAUUUAUGUAAUAAGUCGUUCAGUAAUCAGGGUGCAGUGAAGAGACAUCAGCGCACACAUACUGGGGAGCGGCCAUUUGUAUGUGAUGUAUGUAAUAAGGCAUUCCAUUGUAAGAGUAAUCUGAAGCUACAUCAGGGCAUACAUACCAGGGAGCGGCCAUUUGUAUGUGAUCUUUGUAAUAAGGCAUUCAGAGGUCAUAGUGAUCUGAAGACCCAUCAGCGUAUACACGUUGACAUGUGCAGUAAAUCAUAAAGCAGUAGAGAUGGGUUUAGACUAAAGGAACAAUAUGUAAUUUGUAUCAUUCCACAGUAUUUCAUGUUGUAGAUAAGACAGUUCUGCUGUCUGUUGCAUGCUGCAAGAUAUUGGAGUUGUUUACUGUUGCUAACCUUUCCAACUGACGGGAAUGAACCGAGCCCCAUAGUAUAAUAACAUGUCAGUGUGUAUCAACAUCUGUUUAAUUAUAAUUAUUGACUGUGCACAAGACCCUGUCUUGUUGAGUGGAAACAGACAUGACAUGAUGUUAAUCUGCAGUGGAAGCUAGCAGUUAGUAGCAUGUAGUGACUGAAAUUGAUUGGCAGCUUCAUUUGUUUUUUGUUCUUUGUUAUCUAUGCUCUUCCACCACCUUCUGUGAGUAAAUUCGUUGAUUAGUUAGUUGCAAAUUUAUAUAUAAUUUGGAUUGAGUAUAAUGAGAUGACUGUUAUGAAUUGGUCAGAUGAACACAAACAGUGCUGUAUUGGUUAUUGCAGACAAAAUAUUAUAUUGUGGGAUACUUGGUAUAAUGAUUAUAAAAAGCAAUUUAAAUAAAGAUGUCUUGAGUCUUCUUGUGGAGAAAUAAAAUAGUACAGUAAAUGUAAUUUAUAGGAUCAUGAAGACUUGCAUACAUCUUUUCAUUGUGAAUAUCAGAUAGCAAAGUGCAAUGUGAGAGAUGUGGAUUUUAUCAGCGCGUUGCUAGGUGACAAAUCUGUGAACACUUUCAUGGUGCAACAGGAAGUGCGAGUGACAUUACAUACCCCCACUCAUCACAUUGCUGUGCGACACUUGGUAAACACCCCUCCCCACUAGGCUGUGACAUCACACAACAGUAGGCAAUCCAUGUGUAAACAUGCCCGAAAACAUUACCUGAUAUCUGUUGCAGAGCAGCAGUGUGUUUUCUAUGUGGUCCGUGCCGAGUAUUGAGGAUGGAGUAUUGGGAGUUCGUAGAAGACGUGAAGAUUUAAAGGACGAUUCUGAAGGCUUUAAGUGUGUGACGGUGCAGUGCAUUAUAAGGUGUAUGUAAAUCAGCGAUAGCGCUGUGUAUUAGAGUGUAAUCAAGAGUGUGUGUAACCAAGCUGUUAAUAAAUCCAGUCAUCCAAACUAGAA